UAUUUUGUUAUUUGCCCGUCUUGGCAACCAGGUUUCCGCCCGCCUGCGCCUACGGAUGAUUACUCAGGCGGGCAGACGCACAUAUAUAUAACCAUGCUCAAGAUCAAUUUGCACCGUCACUCAGGUCCCCCCGAUUACCACCCACUAGUUCAUCACACUUGAGAUCCCAACAGACGUCGCUAUUAUGGUCAAUAAGGCCCUUUCGAGCAAUCCGCCCGCGGGGGAGUUCCACAUCACGACUCAUGCAUCAGACUGGCUUUGGGCAGUUUUUGCGAUUAUGCUGUUAUCCCUCCUCGUCAGCCUUUUCUGGACGGGCCUCGGCCGUCAUCGUAACAGGAUCCCGUACCAGAUUCCAAUCGUGGUUCUAACUGUCUCGACUAUCGCGUACUUUUCAAUGGCAUCGGACCUAGGUUUCGCCGUCAUCCUUAAUCAGCGCGGCACACGGCAGGUUUGGUAUGUGAGGUACAUACAGUGGUUCAUCAACGCACCUCUUAUCCUCCUCGGCUUGCUCAUAUUUACGAAUAUGACCGUUUCGGACAUCCUCACCACACUUUUCUUCUCGUGGGUUCUUAUCGUAGCCGGUCUGGUUGGAGCCCUCGUGUCUAGUCAGUACAAGUGGGGUUACUAUGCAUUCGGGCUGGCCGCGCUAUUCUACCUCUGGUACCGCCUUUUUGCACACUCGUUGCGAUAUCCCUUCCGCGUCGGCCAGAACGUACGUUCAGGCUACUGGGGUCUUGGGGCCUACGUCGCCUUCAUCUGGUCACUCUAUCCCAUCUGCUGGGGUCUCUCCGAAGGCUCUAACACGAUCUCACCCACAUCCGAAAUGGUGUUCUAUGGAAUUCUAGAUAUCAUUGCGGGGCCCUUGUUCUUAUUGUUUUACAUCUUACGAGUGUCAACCCUGCAAGCUGCUGACCUUGGGGCUGCAAGUCUGGCUGCCGCGGAUAGGGGAGAGGUCGAACCCAAGGGUCCGGCUCCCGGUACCGCACCUCCCGCGUCUGGAGCUCCCCAGGCCCCAGUGAGUGGGGGCACGUAGAUGCGGGGCGUACGUGAGGCUGUAUGUCCUCGGUGUGUAGAAGUUUGUUUUGUUGGAAUGGUUAUGUUUCGUUUAAUGUCACAAUUAUCUUC